AUGGAUGACGAGCAGCUUCUACUCGAUGACUUUGCGUCGUCGCUACGAACCGCAGACGUGGUGGUUGUGGAUGAGAGGAACAUUGCCCAGGCUGAACCAUUCGUUGAUGCAGUGGAAAAAUACAACGAAGACCCGAAGAAAGAAAGCGCUAUCUACGCGGUACUGUUCUCGUGCCGUGAUGAAGUGCACGCCCUCCAACUCAAUCAGCGCUCACCGGCUCCACUUGACCCUGAGGAUCUUGGCCGUUGCUACAGGGACUUUGUUACUGGUGCUGACAUCGGCCCUCGUGGUGGGUUGACGUUCGACGUGUACCCAGAUAUCUAG